AUGUCCACAGUAAAUUCUAUUUUAAUUCUUCCAAUAUUCUUUGCUGUCCUAAUUUUAGCAAAUGAAAUCAAGUAUAAAGCAAUAUUUGACAGCUGCAUAACAUCAGAAAGUGCAACAAUUAAAGAUUUGGAGACAAUAUUCAGUGGCGUUUUGCCAGAAACGAGGUCAGAAAAAUGUGUAGCAGCUUGCUUGUCUGAAAGGUUUGGUGCUAUGGUAGACAAUCAAUUAUCAUACGAUGGACUGAAAAAGAACCUUAUAGAGCAGACAAACAAUGAAACAAAGGCCCUGGAUAUAGCUGAUCAAAUGUUUGAAAGAUGUGGAAAUAUUACAGACACAGACCGAUGUGAAGCAGCUUCAAAAAUCCACACUUGCUUAUAUGAAUUAUCUCAUCUAUGCUGA